AUGUGCAUAUUAAAGGUGGCGAAUCAAGGAGAUUCCGGCCAGUAUGACAGAAUUCCGUCGACAGCAGGUGAUUCUGAAACUACAACGAAUGAAGGAAUUCCUCAACCGUAUGAACAAUCGCAAUCUUUUGAAGAAAUGUUACAGCAACAAAUACAGCAAGAAACAGAGUAUUUGAUGUCGGAAUCGGCUAAUCCGAUGUAUACAGGGUAUAGUCAGUCAAGGGAUAUGUCGGCAAUGGUGACGGCGUUAACACAUGUGGUUUCGGGUCGGAGAGAGGCAGAGUGGGGUUACAGGCCGGAUAUUAGCGGUGUUACGACUUCGUUUGGUGGUGGUGGUGGUGGUGGUUCAGGGAGUAUUUAUUCGGCAAAUUCACCGUCUUCUUCGAGUUCAGGAUCAUGGGCUGGACAGAAAAGAAGACGUGAUCAAGAAGAAAGUGUUACUGGAGAACAAGCUCAAAGGGGCUAUGGAGGUAUCGGAGAAUUUAAAAAUGGAGAAUCAUCUUCCUCUGUUAAGCUCGAAGAAGAUACAAGCCUGGCAACGCCACAAACGAGCAGCGUAUCAACUACUGCGGCGCAGACACCACCGCGAGCAUCGGAAGUAACAGGUGAAGAAACAGGGGAGAGGAAGAGGAGAUACAGAGGAGUAAGACAGAGACCAUGGGGUAAAUGGGCAGCAGAGAUAAGAGAUCCACAUAAAGCAGCAAGAGUUUGGUUAGGCACAUUCGAUACAGCAGAAGCAGCCGCUAAAGCUUAUGAUGACGCCGCUCUUAGAUUCAGAGGAAACAGAGCUAAACUCAAUUUCCCUGAAAACGUCCGAUUAUUACCACAACAACAACAACAACCCACAACAAGAUUAGCCAUAUCAACCUCAUCAUCAACUGCAGCUCCGCGAUUCCAAUUAAUGUCUGCAGCAUCAGCGCGAUCACCAUCACCAUCACCAUCACCAUUUUUUCAAUCAUAUAAUCAACCUCCGCGUCAACCUGAUCAGAAUCAGCAACAACAGUUAUUUCAGAGCUCAGAUAUGGCUAGAGAUUAUUGGGAAUACUCACAAUUACUUCAAAAUCCAAUAGAUUUCCAUGGAGGACAACAAUCAUCAUCUUUGUUAGAACAAAUGUUAUUAGCUUCAUCAUUGGGAGUGUUGCAUUCACAUACAUUUCCUUCUUCAUCAUCUUCUUCAUUAGCAACUUCUGCAGCUUCUUCCACUACUUCCCCUGCAUAUCCCCUGUUUUACUCUGCUCAACAAUCACGCUUCUUUCAGCCACAAACUCAUCAAAAUCAAAGCAAUAGCAGUAGCAACACCUCAAAUUUUCCUCCACCUUUUUGGACGAGUUCCGGCCACUAUCCACCUUCUUCUAGCUAAUUUUCAUAAUUCUCCCCUUUUUUUUUUACUUUUGUUUUUUAUUUUACAUAUAUUUUUUUAUAAAAAAUUUAAAUAAGAAUCGUAUUUUUUUUC